AUGUUUUUCUCCGGCGAUCCAUCGUCGCGCAAACGGGUGGAUUUAGGCGGUCGGAGCUCCAAAGAGAGAGACCGGCAGAAGCUUCUGGAGCAGACGCGAUUGGAACGCAACAGGCGCCUCUGGAUGCGGCAGCAAAAUUCUGCUGCUCUCAUAAUUCAGAAAUGCUUCAGAGGGAGAAGGGAGGUGGAGGUUGAACGAGGCAAAACCCGUGAAAAGUUUUUCUUGAGAUAUGGGCAGUAUUGUCAAGAUGUCAAUAGGCAGUGCUUUGGCCCAAGUUCGAGUUUUCUCAGCCAGCUUCUUUUCUUCUUUAAUCCAAGAUAUGUGGCUGAUUUUUCUGUUCUUGUGGAGACAUGUCGAUUGCUUCUUGAAUUUGUUCAUGAUAGUGCUGGGGAAGUAUUGAGCCUCUUUGCAAGCACAGAUUACACAUCAAAUCGUGGUUUAGUAGAUUACCGGAUUAAACGCCUUGCUUAUGCAUGCAUUAGUGCAAUCUACGAAAAUAGGAGUCAGUUGAAAGAUCAGUUAUUGUCACCUGAAAAAUCAAAUCAAUCUGCAAAUGUCUUACUUGAGGCAAUAAUAUUGUUGAUUGACCUGAGGCUUCCUUGGGCUUGUAGCACAGGCUGCUAUAUUUCACAAAAGAAUGUGUAUUCGAUGUUCAGAGAACUAAUCCUCAUGGGGAAGAAAAACAUUCAAGGUUCUAGUCUGAUUCUCUCUGCUUUGGAGCGUGUUCUUGCCCAAAUUAUUGGUCACGUGGAUCAAGAAUCAUGUAUUUGUUCAAAUGGUGAUCCUAGAUGGAGCUUUGCUUUCCAAAUCCUAGUAAUUCCUUUCCUUUGGCGGGUCUUUCCACAUCUGAAAGAGAUUUUUGCUGCACCAGAGCUGUAUCAACAUUAUGUUCAUCAGAUGGCAUUAUGUGUGAAAGAUCAUAAGAAUAUUCUGCCAUCUGACAUAUCCGGUGAAUUUCCAAGUUAUGCCUGCCUUUUAGGAAAUUUGGUGGAAGCUUCUUGUGUUGCUGUCUCUCGGCCAGGUUCAUUGGCUUGGGCUGUAGAUUUUGCCACUGUUGCAGCGUAUUUGUUACAAGCACUUCCCCCUCUUGGAACAUCAAACCAAGGCGGUAAAGAUUCGAAAGUGGCCGAAGAUGAAAUGAUCAUUGGUGAUGAGAUAAUGGAAAUAGGUGUAAGUAGAGAUCUGGAACAACAGAUAACCAAUGCCCUAGAUCCACGCUUUCUUCUACAAUUGACAAAUGUGCUGUUGGGAGGGACUCCUACAAGUGGUUCACAUAAAGAAAGGCCUGAUUACACCGAGUUGGCUACUGUUUUUGCAGCUUGUUCUUUUCUGCAUGUGACUUUCAACAUAUUGCCCCUUGAGCGAAUUAUGACUGUGCUAGCAUACAGGACAAAUUUGGUUCCUGUUCUAUGGAACUUCAUUAAGAGAUGUCAUGAGAAUGAUAUGUGGUCUGCCUUGUCCGAGCAAUCAGUUUAUCUGCCCAUGGAUACACCUGGUUGGCUACUACCCUUCGCUGUAUUUUGCCCGGUUUACAAGCAUAUGCUAACGAUAGUUGAUAAUGAGGAGUUCUAUGAACAAGAGAAGCCUCUAUCUAUAACAGACAUCAGAUUGUUAAUUGUCAUCCUACGACAGGCAUUGUGGCAGAUUCUUUGGCUCAACCCCAAUGAGACUCCCAACUUCUCAAAUUCUGCUGAUGGUCCCUCUGCUAUGAGGAAAUACCCUAAAGAAUUUCUUCAACACAGGUUUUCAGUUGCUGCUUCUGAGCUCAUGUCACAGUUGCAAGACUGGAAUAACAGGAGAGAAUUUACCUCCCCAAAUGAUUUCAACACGGAUGGCGGCAGUGAUUCAUUUAUGUCUCAGGCUAUGAUGGAGAAUACAAGAGCCAAUGACAUUUUAAAACAAGCUCCCUUCUUGAUUCCAUUUACAAGCAGAGCUAAACUAUUUAGUUUGCAACUUGCGAAUAAGACAGCAAGACACGCUGAUGAUCAUAAUUUUAUCACUACAACCAGAUACAAAAUAAGAAGAGAUCAUAUUUUUGAGGAUGCUUUUAGCCAAUUAAAUACGUUAACUGAAGGUGUUCUUCGUGGAGUGAUUCGAAUUACCUUUGUUAAUGAAUUUGGAGCCGAGGAGGCAGGCAUCGAUGGUGGUGGGAUUUUCAAAGAUUUCAUGGAGAACAUUACCCGGGUUGCAUUUGAUAUGCAGUAUGGACUAUUUAAGGAAACUGCUGAUCAUCUCCUCUAUCCUAAUCCUGGAUCUGGACUGAUACAUGAACAGCAUCUUCAGUUUUUUCACUUCCUUGGUUCGAUUCUUGCUAAGGCAAUGUAUGAAGGGAUUUUGGUCGAUAUUCCAUUUGCGACGUUCUUCUUAAGCAAAUUGAAGCAGAAGUACAACUACUUGAAUGAUUUGCCGUCCUUGGAUCCAGAAUUGUAUCGGCAUCUGAUCUUUCUAAAGCGUUAUACGGGUGACAUAUCUGAGUUAGAGCUUUACUUUGUAAUUGUUAACAAUGAAUAUGGGGAGCAAACUGAAGAAGAGCUUCUUCCAGGAGGGAAAAACAUCCAAGUCACGAAUGAGAAUGUCAUCACAUUUAUUCAUCUAGUGGCUAACCAUCGCUUGAAUUUUCAGAUACGCCAACAAAGUUCUCAUUUUCUGAGAGGUUUCCAACAGCUGAUUAAGAAAGAGUGGAUUGACAUGUUCAAUGAGCACGAAAUUCAGCUUCUAAUAUCUGGAUCAGUAGAUGGAUUUGAUGUUAAUGAUCUCAAAGCUCAUACUAACUAUGGCGGUGGAUAUCAUGAGGAUCACUAUGUUGUUGGAAUGUUCUGGGAAGUUAUUCAGAACCUUAGCCUGGCAAAUCAGAGGAAAUUUUUGAAGUUUGCGACUGGAUGUUCUCGUGGACCUUUGCUUGGUUUUGAGUAUCUGGACCCUACGUUCUGCGUACAGAGGACAGCUGGUAAUGCAUCCGAAGAUGCUCUUGACCGAUUGCCAACAUCUUCCACUUGUAUGAACCUUCUUAAACUCCCUCCUUACAGAAGCAAACAGCAAAUGGAGGAGAAAUUAUUGUAUGCUAUAAAUUCAGAGGCUGGUUUCGACUUAAGUUGA